AUGGCUACUAUGGCGGCUGUUCACUCUGGGCCUUCCAAGCCCAAGGACUCAGUGCUUGACCUCUGCACGAGGUCUACCCUUCUCGGCAACAACAUCUCUGUUCGCAUGCUGGAGUUUCUCACCACUGUCAAGCAUCAACCACAUGGAUUCCGCGAGCUUGCUGAGAGCUUCCUCGAUGUUUGCCGUCACCUCUGGUCCAUCGAGGCCGGCCUGGCCGAGGCCAGCCGAACCAACCAAGAGUUUCCCUCCGACAUGAUUCAUGAGCUCGAUUCCAAAUUUCGCCAGACCAACCACGAUUUCCAGGUCUUGGACCACAUGAUGUUCGAGUUUCUCGAAUAUGAAAAAAAGGGCGGUCUCGGCAAGAUCCAGCGCAGCUGGCGCAUGAUGUUCGCCGACAAGGAGAUCAGCAAGAUGCGAGACUCGCUGCGCAAGAUUCGUGAUGCCCUGAGGAUGAGCGCCCUUGUGUUCCAGUGGUCUCUGGGCAACGGCAAGACGGAUGAGUCUGUUGGCGGUGGCUAUGCCAGCCUCGCCGAGGCGCUGGAUCGCAUGAAGAACAAGCAGGGGGCUGGCACUGUCCGCAUCUCCAAGGCCAAGUCGUUCGAAGCUCAGACCGCCAACCAUUCGCUCAAAGCGCUUCCAUCACCACAGCCACCUCUGCCUGCUCUACCGGCUCUGCCCUCUCUGUCACAUGCACCUCAUCUGCGCGCUCACUCUCCUUUCGAGAAGAUGUCUGCGUCGGACUUCGUCCUGGCGGAGAACGGUAGGUCUUUGACACCGGAGGCUCGUCGACGUGCCUCGAUCUCCAACAGGAGUCAGAAGAGCACCUCCGACCUCGGCGCCGCCGCCUAUGGCAUUGCACGCACCACGGAUGCCAGAGGCAUCGACAGGAGGCAUGUUGCACAGGACGAUCUCACAAUCUCCGAGGUUGGUCAGUAUGACCUGCCCAGCAGGCCCGCCUACUCCAGCAGACUCGGCCGUGAUGAUGCGACAAUCUCUGAUCAUGGGCACUAUGAAGCCCCUCCCAGCCGCAUCUCGGAGCGCCGUCUGCAGAUCGGACUCGGCCGCGAACAGCAUGAUAGCGGCAUGGCCCUCACAGUGGGUUCGAACGAAGAUCCCCUGUACGAUCUCCGCAGCAUCGAAACCGGCAACACUUCCCCAACAAAGAUCAUCCGUCUCAAGGCUGACCCGAUGAACAUGCCUCGGUGGACGCCCCGCCACAGUACUACUUCGACUACAUCUCUCAAGUCGGCGUUGGCGGCUGCUGUCCAUUCAAAGAACCACAAACUCGUGGAACAGCUACUUGACCGCGGUAUCUCUCCCGAGACUGGUCCUGAUAUUCACAUUCUCGUAGAUGCAGUUCUCGCUCUUGAUGCCGAGAGCGUGAGGUUACUGCUUCUUUUUGGAGCCGACCCCAACACUGCAGACAAGGAGGGCGUGACACCCCUUUUCGCUGCCGUUGAGGUAUCGGCUAUUGAGAUUGCCAGGACGCUGCUUAAAUAUGGCGCUGACGCGAACUUGUCUGCCGGCCCCGGACUGGAGUCGCCGCUCGCAACCGCAGUCAUCGACCACAAGUACGAAUUUGUGCAGCUUCUUCUGACCUAUGGCGGCGACCCCAACCACAUCAUGGCCAAUGGUAAUACGGUACUCAUUAUCUCCAUGAGCAAGAAUACCCCGAAGAGGCUCGUCGACCUCAUGCUCGACUACGGCUCAGACCCCAACGAGAAGAACCGUGAGGGUAAGACUGCGCUCUUCGAAGCCAUCUUCGCUGCCCGUCCCGAUCUCGUCACCGCACUACUCGACCAUGGCGCGAACCCCAACCUCCCCGGUCCGAAGCAUAUGCUUUGGCCGGCAUCGUAUCAACCAGAUUGUCUCAAGCUGCUUCUCGCCCGUGGGGCCGAUAGCAAGAAGGCCCCCGGAAGCAUGGAGCUGGCGGUGAGCAUUAACAACAUCGAGUCGGUGCGCCUCCUGCUCGCCGCUGGUGUUGACCCCAAUCUCAAGAAAGACGGCAUUUACACACCUCUGUGCACUGCCAUCCGCGACAACCGCCACGAUAUUCUUGCGCUUCUCCUCGCUAACAAGGCCGAUCCCAACCUGAUGGCGUCCGAGUACCCUGCUUUCAAGUGUGUCACGCACUUCCGCACUCACUUCCUGCCGCCGCUCGUAGCCGCUGGCGCCAGCCUGACCGAGCCCAGCGGCAUCAUAGAAACAGCCGUCCGCACGAAUAACAUGGAGGCGCUGCAGUGGCUUCUCGAUCAGGGCGUUGACCCCAACGCGCGUUCAGAGGAGGGCCAUACGCCGCUAACGACCGCCAUUGCCGGGAACCGACCCGAGCUAGUGGACGAACUCAUCGCCCACGGCGCCAACCCCAGCGUCCGCGGCCAGGACUGGCCCAUCUGCAUGGCGGUGCGUCACCCGGACAUGCUCAAGAAGUUGCUGCCGUCCGUCUCGGACCCGCGCGCCUUCAAGGGUCUCGUCGAGCGUGCCGUUGUUGCCAACCAGCUCGAGAGCGUCAAGCUGCUGCUUGCCGCCGGCGUCAGCGUCGAGGACCGCAAUGGUGGCGUCUUCUCGCCGCUGACGACGGCCAUUCGCGAGGACAACAAGGAGAUCACGCGUUAUCUGCUCGAGGAGGGCGGCGCCGACAUCAACGCACCUGGUCAGCACCUGCCUAUCGUCAAGGCUGUGAGGCGGUGCCGUGGCGACGACACGGACAUUAUUGAGAUGCUGCUCGCCAAGGGCGCCGAUGUCAACAAGAUCUACCGUGGCUGGAACGCCGUGAUGCAAGCUGUCGAGAAUGGUGACGCUAAGGUGCUGAGGCUCCUUGUCGAGCUCGGCGGUGGUGCCGACAUGGACGCUCAGGAUGAGGGCGGCCGUAACAUUCUUGAGAUCGCGGCAGGACGGGGCUGGGAGGAGCCAGCCCGCACCAUCUUGGAGAAGUACCCAAGGGUUUGA